AUGAAUUCAUCCAAAUUAGAAUUAACUGCCUUAAUAAACAUAGUGCUUUGUAAAACAGAAACAAGUGCCUGCUAUUUGCAAGAAUGUUCAGCUUGUAGUAUCAUUUUACCAUCAACUUUUUUAUUUGAACAAUUUAAAGCUAAUAGUAUAAACGAAGAUAGUGAUAUAACAUGGAUGACGUGGGAAAGAAAUGAAAAAAGGACCGAACUGCAACGUCAUACAACCUCAAUAGCAGCAUUUUUAGAAAAGUUAGAUGCUCUCUGGAGCAAAUUUUUAGCUCAUCAUUUUUACACAAUUGAACAACGUGAAUAUAUUAAGAAAAUUAAAAAUGAAUAUUCUGAAAAGGGUACUGCAAUAAUUCAAUUAGAUUUUGCACAAAACUUCACUCUAGUAUCUCAAUCAUCAGUUCAAUCUUCCUAUUGGAGUCAAAAACAAGCAACUCUCUUCACAGUACAUAUUAAAAUGGGGUCAGGACAUCGCAACCUCGUUUUUAUUAGCGACUAUAUGCAUCACACAACUGAAUUCGUAUAUGAAGCUCAAAAGCAUAUAAUAGAAUUUUAA